AUGGAUUUCUCCCAGUCAACGUCGGAGGCUCCGAUCGCCCCGGUCACUGAAAUACCCGCUGCCCCUGCUGCUCCUGCUGCUCUCGAGCCUGAGCAGGUUGCUCCAGAGGACCAAAUGCAACAGGUGUCUGAGGAGGGACACGCCCCGGAACAGGAGAUCCCGUCCGAGCAGCCUGCGCCUGCCAUGGUCAAUGUUGAGGAGCCGGCUUCCGAACAAACCAGCAGCCGUGCUGCUAUCAACACUGGCUACAAUAGCGACUCCAAGGCGCAUUACCACUCCCGAUCGACUGAUUUCCACCAGUCUGCCCCCGAAUAUGCUGCCCAUGAUACCGAUCAGUCCCGCCAGAACUCGUCUCCUCUUCUUAGUCACCGCCCCCCUCCUGUGCCGAACUCCAGACCAGGCUCUGGACUGUCUAAUAGCCCGGAACGCCCCGGUAUUUCCCAGUUGCAGCAACCUGACACUAGUCAGCGCCAACCCACUCAGGGCAACAAGAACAGUGUCGUAAUAAAGGUUGGCAUGGUGGGAGAUGCGCAAAUUGGAAAAACGAGUCUUAUGGUCAAAUACGUUGAGGGUAGCUGGGAUGAGGACUACAUCCAGACUCUGGGUGUCAAUUUUAUGGAGAAGACAAUCUCGAUUCGCAACACUGAAAUCACCUUUUCAAUCUGGGAUCUUGGUGGCCAACGCGAGUUCGUUAAUAUGCUGCCGCUUGUCUGCAAUGAUGCGGUUGCAAUUCUGUUUAUGUUCGAUCUCACUCGCAAGAGUACCCUGAACUCAAUUAAGGAAUGGUAUCGCCAGGGACGUGGCUUCAAUAAGACAGCCAUUCCCUUCCUGGUGGGUACCAAGUACGACCACUUUGUGAACUUCCCACGCGAAGACCAAGAGGAAAUCUCUAUUCAGGCCAAGCGAUUUGCCAAGGCGAUGAAGGCUAGCUUGAUCUUCAGCAGCACCAGCCACAGCAUCAAUGUGCAAAAGAUCUUCAAAAUUGUUCUAGCCAAGGCAUUCGACUUGAAGUGUACCAUCCCGGAGAUUGAGAAUAUCGGCGAGCCUCUGCUCCUCUACAAGAACGUCUAA